UAAAUUUAACAAAUCAAAUAGAAAGAAGAAAAGGAAAGGUAAGAAGAACAUUAGAUCAGAUCUUCUCAUCAACUGAUCAAAAACCCCCAAUUACAAUCUCAAUCAUCAUAAUUUGCCAUUGUUGAAUUUAGAGAUCUUGAAAAAAAAUGUCGUGUUUAGCUCUCUCUCUCCAACCCGUAAAUGGGCCCGACAUCUUGCUCCAAACCCGAGAAUGGUUUCCUCCAUCUCGCGCACUCGUCGCAGUUUCCGCCUUUCGAAACACCCGUCUCGCAUUCUCUUCCGCCGCCGCCGCCGCAUCUUCUCUCUCCUCCAAACACCACAACGACGACGUUUCCAGUGACCCCACAAUCGUCGGCGAUGACCCACUUGCUGCAUCUAGUGGUCAGGUAAUUGUGGGUGUUGAAUCUCGUUAUCGUGUUGUUUAUCGUUUGGUAAAUUCAAUUUAUGUUUUGGGUGUUACAACUGUUGAUGAUGAUGAUGAUAAUAGUACUAGUACUAAUAAUGUUUUUGAGUGUAUUAGUAUUGUUAAUCAAGCUGUUAGUGUUGUGGUUACUGCUUGUAGAGGUGUUGAUGUUACCCCAGAAAAAUUGGGGAAGAAAUAUGCUGAGAUUUAUAUGGCUCUAGAUAUUGUUUUGAGGGGUGUUAGUAAUAUUAGGUUAGCUGCUAUGUUGGGUUCGAUGCACGGUGAGAGUAUUGCUAAGAUGGUGCAUUCUGCUAUUGAUACUGAGAAUAAGGUUAGAGGGGCGGAUAAUUGGGCGUCGGCUGAAGGUUUGGCGGUGGAACAUGAGGCGGGUGUUGAGUCGUUUUCGAGUUUGAGGUUUGAGUUGCCUAGUGAGACUCUUACGGCGGGUGAUGAGGUGGCGGUUAGUAUUGCUCCUGUGGGGGUGGGGGGUUUGAGUGAGCAGGAUGGUGGGCAGAAGUUGGAGGAUGAUAAGGAUGUGAAGGAUCCGUUUGCGGCUAGUGAUGCGAUGAGUAAGCCGGAGGAGUCGUUGGCUGGGGAGUUUAAGAAGGAUAAGGAUGUGGGUUCUGAUUUGAGUUUGGCGUUGGUGGGGCUUGAGGUGACUCCGUUGCCUCCUGCUGAGGCUGCUCAGCCUACUCGCAUUGCGGUGGAAGGGUUUGAAGGGGAUUAUGGUGGGAUUGAGUUUGGGAAUGAGGAGGCUUCACUUAGAGAGACUUUUGAAGGGUUUAGUGACGCGUUUGGUGGUGGGUUGGAUGUGUCUGAGUUUGUGGGUACUACGAAAGCUGUAAAGAGGGAGGGUCUUGGUGGGCUUGAGUUGUUACAGACUGGGCCUGAUGGGGCUCCUGCUGCUGCCGCUGGUGCAGCAGGUACUCCACUUGAGAAUUUAUUGGUGCAGAAGACAGAGAUGAAAGGCCCUGAGAUGUAUAUUGUUGAGGAGAUCAGUGCGGAGUUCAGGGAGUCUUUGCUUACUAGAGUAGGAUUGAUGGGUGUGAUUUAUUUGAAAACACUACCUCCAAAGACGGCAGGUGAUAAAGAAACUGAAUUCUCGUUCAGGAUUGACGGUACAAAUGCUGUUAAAAGAACUGUUGUGCAAAACUCUCGCGUUAGCAGCCUUGGCAAUGGGAUGUUUCAUGUGCGAACACCAGCCUCUGAAGAGCCUUUACCUGUUCUUAAGUACAGUUUGAUGCCUCAGAUGACCCCCGUUCCUUUGCGAGUGAGGCUUGUUAAACGCCAUGUUGGGACCUUACUCUCUGUCAUGAUACAGUAUGUUUCGAACCCUGAUUUGCUGGCUCCUCUUAGUGAUGUAACAUUUACUCUCAAACUACCAGUCGAUCCUACACUACUGAAGGUCUCUCCUAAGGCUGUAUUGAAUAGAUCUGAGAAAGAAUUGAAAUGGCACGUGCAAGAGAUCCCAUUGAAGGGUACUCCUGGGAAGCUUAAGGCGCGGAUGCCAGUUGAUAUAAACGAAGAGGAUACUGAAGAAGAAAUUGAUGUCGUAUGUUAUGUUAAGUUUUCUGUUAAAGGGGCUAAGACGCUCUCUGGUGUUUCACUUUGGCCUGCUUCCGAAGCUACAACAGAAUUUUAUGUGGUAGAUCACAAGUUUGAAAGUGGAAAUUACAUGUGCAAUUGACCUUUAUGACCUGGUACGAUCCUCACUGCCAGUUGAUUGUAUUCCCUCAAUUCACUCCAUAAAUGGUUAGUCUUGUAAAAGGUUUUGUAUUAUUUGCCUGAAUUAAAGCAUGUAGCUGUUGAUUUGUUAUUUUUUUUACACUGAUUUGGAAGGUGUGUGUGCUUGCGGCUGUGAUAUUGUUUUCUUUUCAUUUUGUAAUUGAUGGUACUUAUCAUAGAGUUCACUGAAAAUUCUUCUGUUGAAAUUGUACAUUGUAUUCAUCCAAGAAACAUUUAUUCUGAACUGUUGAGAUUGAGCUGAAUCACUUAUUUUA